AGAGAAAGAGAGAGUGAGAAUGAGUGGUACAUAGAUAAAGUGUGUGUGUGAGAGAAAGAAAAAAAGAUGGAGAGAGAGAGAAAGAAAGAGAGAAAUAAAAUAGGUAUGAUAGAGAGAGUAAACGAGUGAGAGAGAAAGAGAGAGAGAGAGAGACACUUGGCAUGACUUGAAACAAGUCCAUUGUGGAAAUUUCCAUUUAAACACACACAAGCGCGAGCGCGCGCGCGGAGACACACACCAGCAUCAUCUAAUCCACCUCCAGAAGUGCAUCACCGUCAAGAUGUGGGUCACUGUCGCUCGCUCACACGCUCGUGCUCGUGCUCGCUCGCUCGCUCCUGCGCGCGCGCUCUCACGCGCACAGCGUCUGUGGGGCAAUUAACAGAUUUUCUUAACCUAAUUGCGCACUCCCGAGCAAAACAGCCCCGAGCUCGCGCCACGGGAAGAAGUUGCUGAAGCUGAGGCGCGAGUACCCCUCCUCCUCCUCCUCCUGCUGCUCUUCCUCUUCUUCAUCAUCAUCCUCCUCCUCCUCCUCCUCAUCCUCCUGCUCUUCUCGAUCCCUCUCUCUCUCUCUCAUACACACACACACACACACACAUACACACACUCUCACAUUCACUCAUACAGGCUAAGGAAACACACGCGCGCGCGCACACUCACUCACACAUACAGACUCACUCACAUACACUGGAUUAAACCGCGCGCUGCGUUCGUUCGCUCGUUCGUACGCACGGAAAGAGGAACGCGCGUUCACCGAUCGUCUAAGGCGCCCCGGUUUUGCAUCAUUUUGGGGGCUAUUUUUUAUUUUUUUGCUAUUUCUGACUGAAGCAGAGCGCUCGUGAGUUCUCUGGUGGUCGUUUUGCUUUUGCACGUUUUUUAAGGGGGUUUUACUGGGCGACGGGGGAAGGCACAUCUUUAUGCCCCCGACUCCCAUUAAAAAAAGAAGAAGAAAAAGUGCGCUAAGACAUUUGGCAACUGGGAGACCGGGGGUCUCAUCUUCAGCUCGGAAUUCAGCGAGAGGGUCUUGAAAACAACACGGUGUGGUCUUUUCCUCUUGAGCGCGUCUUGAGGGUCUCUUCUUGCGAGGAUGCAUCGAGCGGCCACUUCAUACGGAUGCCCCCGCGUAAGGAAAGGAUUUUAGCCCUUUUUUCUGAUGCGCGGAUUCUCCUGAAAGUGGGCUUCUUCUCUUGGGGGGUCUUCCUGCAGAUCUGCGCCAGCAAACGUCGACGAGACACGCCGGGAUUCGCGCACGCAGCGCCGGCUGGGAGUGGAAAAAGUGCCGGAGCGAGACUGAGGUGCUACCUCCCUAGGGGGCGUCAUGGAUUUCUCAGUGGGAUGGUUUCUGCUGUUUGCCCUACUAGUGGACUCCAUCAACAGUGCCCUGGGUGGAAUCCUUUACCAUGUGCGUGAAGAACAGCCGCCAAACACUCUGAUAGGAAGCCUGGCGGCCGACCAGGGCCUACCAGACAGUGGACACCUGUACAAACUGGAGGUGGGCGCACCUUACCUGCGGGUCGAUGGCAAAACGGGGGAGAUCUUCACCACCGAGAUCCCCAUUGACAGAGAAACGCUGAAGGAUUGCCGAAUCAAGGGGAAGCCUUGCUUCCUAGAGUUCGAAGUGUCGGUCACAGACCUCAUCCAGAACCAAAGCCCCCGGCUGAUUGAGGGAAGGAUCGAGGUGCAGGACAUAAACGACAACACGCCACAGUUCCCCUCGCCUGUCCUCACUCUCUCAGUGCAGGAAAAUGCUCACAUGGGGGCCACCUUCGCCAUCCCCCAGGCCACUGACAGGGACACAGAGCGGAAUGGAGUACUUAAGUAUGACCUGAGUGCUGGACCGGAGGCUAGUGCGCUCUUUAGCCUGCAGAUGGCGAACGACAGGGGCGAGAAAUUGCCUCAGCUCAUUGUGCUUGGAAACCUGGACCGGGAGCUGAAGGACUCCUACGACCUGACCAUCAAUGCCGUGGAUGGAGGCACCCCAUCUCGUUACAGCAGUGCCUUGCUGAGAGUCGUCAUCACUGACGCCAACGACAACGCGCCCCAGUUUGAGAAGUCCUCCUACGAAGCAGAAGUUUCAGAGAACAGUCCAGUUGGAUACUCAGUGUUGCAGGUCAAGGCCAACGACUCGGAUCUUGGCCCAAAUGGAGAGAUAGAGUACACCAUACAUCAGGCCAGCGACCCAGUGCCGAAGAUGCUGCAGAUUGAGCGUUCGACUGGCAUCAUAUCUGUGAAAGGCCCGUUGGAUCGUGAGGAGAUAAGCAGUUUUAAGUUUCAUGUCAUCGCAAGAGACAAAGGUCCCUCACCCAAAAGUUCCACGACUUAUGUUUCCAUUGAGGUGACUGACCAGAACGACAAUGCACCAGCUGUGGAGAUCCGUGGCAUUGGCCUUAGGACCCAUAGUGAUGGGGUUGCAAACAUCUCAGAGGACAUGCCAGUGGGCACAGCAGUGGCUCUGGUGCAAGUUUCGGAUAAAGACGAGGGAGAGAACGCUGUGGUGACUUGUGUGGUAGCCGGCGAUGUUCCAUUCCAGCUCCGGCCUGCUGGUGAUUCUUCUGUUGAUAACAAGAAGAAGUACUUCUUGCAGACCACCACACCUUUGGACUAUGAGCGGAUCCGGGACUACCGGGUGGAGAUCGUAGCUGUUGAUUCAGGCAACCCAGCUCUGUCCAGCACCAAUUCCCUGAGGGUCCAAGUCACUGACACUAAUGACAACUCUCCCAUAUUCUCACCUCCAUUGUUUGAAGUGGAGUUCGCUGAAGAGAACCAGCCUGGGGAGAAGGUUCUGGAUGUUAUUGCCUUGGAUGCCGACAGCGGCACCAAUGCAGAACUUGUCUACAGCAUUAUUGCGGAUUCCUCAACGAGAGGACUCUUUGAGAUUGAUCCCAGUUCAGGGGAGGUUCGAGCAAGGAGCCCUCUUGACCGUGAGCACAAGGAACGCUACGAGUUCCGUGUUACCGCAGCCGACAAAGGUGUUCCCAGCCACAGGGGAACAGCCACAGUUGUGAUCAAGGUUCUGGAUAGAAAUGACAAUGAUCCCAAGUUCAUGCUGAGUAGUUACAGCUUUUCUGUGUUGGAGAACAUGCCACCUCUAAGCCCGGUUGGGAUGGUGACUGUACUAGACAUGGAUAAAGGUGAAAAUGCUCAAGUGCAGCUUUCUGUUGAACCUGAUGUUGGAAAUUUUGUAGUGCAGAACGGCACAGGGACGAUUCUUUCCAGUAUCUCUUUUGACCGGGAGAAAGAAAGCAGCUAUACAUUCCGACUUAAAGCAGUUGAUGGAGGGGAACCACCAAGAUCAUCCUAUGUUGGAGUCACAAUCAAUGUCCUCGAUGAAAAUGACAAUGCUCCGGUUGUCACCAAACCUUCUAAUUCAUCUUUCAGGCGUUUGUCUCCCCUGGCUGCACCUGACAGUGUUGUCGAAGUGGUGGAGGCAGAAGACAUAGACUAUGGCUCUAAUGCCGAACUGGUUUACAGUAUUGCUGGAGGGAAUCCCCACGAACUGUUCUACAUCUCGCCCUCCGAUGGCGAGAUCAAACUAACCAAGGAACUGACUCGAAAACAUGGGGGACUGCAUCGCUUGGUAGUGAAAGUGAGUGAUAGAGGCAAGCCUUCUCGCCAUGCUAUUGCUCUGGUCCACAUCUACGUCAAUGAGACCAUUUCCAACGUCAGCCUUGUGGAGGGUCUAGUGGGACAUAGUUUAUACACUCCCCUGGAUACAGACAUUGCAGGUGACCCUGACUAUGGUUUAGCUGCUCAGAGAAGCAACAUUGUGUACGGCAGCUUGGCUGGUGUCGCAGGGGUUGUCACGGUCAUCAUUGUAGUGGUCUUCAUCAGGCAUCGUCUUCAAAGAGAAACCAAGAGUGGCUACCAAGCUGGCAAGAAGGAGACCAAGGACCUCUAUGCCCCCAAGCAAGGGACAAAGAGCAUUAAGGGCAAAAAGGGGAGAAAAGGAAAACCGCCAAAGUCGCCCAAGCCUCUUGGAGAAGACGAAGAGGUCAGCCUUCAGAAGAGCCUGAAAUUCAACAUUGACGGGGUUAACGACAGCCCCAGGAUCCACCUACCCUUGACCUACCCGCCUAGCAGCCCUGACUUGGGGAGGCAUUACCGCUCCAAUUCACCCCUGCCCUCCAUUCAGCUCCAGGCCCAGUCCCCAUCUGCCUCUCAGAAGCACCAGGCUGUCCAGGAGCUUCCUGCUACCAACACCUUUGUGGGAACAGGAGGAGAUGACAACUCCACCGGCUCGGACCAGUACUCGGAUUACAGCUACAAGACCAACCAGCCGAAAUACAGCACAAAAUCUCUGCCGCAUCGCAGAGUGACGUUCUCCACAGCCAAUCCCGUUCAGGACCUGCAGGACUCCUCCCAGCAGAGCUAUUACGACAGCGGUCUGGAGGAGUCCGAGACCCCCAGCAGCAAGAGCUCGUCCGGCCCUCGCAUCGGACCACUGGCCCUGCCCGAGGACCACUACGAGAGGACCACGCCGGAUGGAAGCAUUGGAGAGAUGGAACACCCUGAGAACGAUAUCCGUUCCCUGCCCGACGUCGCCAUGACGGGGAACUGCAGCCAGGAGUGCAGCGAGCUGGGCCACUCGGACGCCUGCUGGAUGCCGGGGCAGCCGUCGCCCGUGCGGAAGAGCCGCAACCCGCCCAAGCUCUCCACCUUCGUGCCUUACCAGGAGAGAGGAAGCCUGGGCCGGCUGGCCAACGGCAGCGCCCCACGGCUCGUUGCAGACGAGUCCCGGCCUCGCCUGCCCCCCUCCCGCAGUGCCUACUCCAGCAGUGACCAUGUCUCCAGUGACCACGCCCCACUGGAGGAGGUGCCACUGAGCGUCACCUCUGAAUUCCCGCCCACCAGCCCCCCCUCCAACCACACCUCCAAAAGGGAAAUUUACCUGUGAGCCCACGCAUGGUCUGAUUAUCGAUUUGAUUGACACACAGCGAGUAGAAUUCACGGAAAAGUCACUGGAAGUCAAUGAAAGUCAAUGGAAGUCAUGGGAAGUCACUGGAAGUACAAGCAACAUCCACGGAGAACCAUCGUGACUGGGGCGGAACGCCACUUAACUAGCGAAUAGAAUCCAUUCGGCUAUUCGUGACACGAGAAAAAAAUGUGAUAAGAGUUGUACAUUUAUUUAUAUUUCUAUUUAUUUAUUCACCCAUGAAUCACAUCCAUCUAUUUAUUACUUUGAUCAGCUUUUUUUAUUUUAUUAUUUUUUACGUUACUUGAAAUGCAUUUUUUUUUUUUUUUUUUGCGUUUUUACAUCACGAAUCACGGUUUUAACAAAGCAAAAAGACAAAAAAAACAAAAAAAAAAACAAAGAAACAAAUCAAGUAAAACAAACAACAGCUUCGACGUGACUGGCUUUAGCUUCGUUUAGCCUGUGGAAUGUUUACUGGAUCUUUUAAACAGUGUGACCUGUGCUGUAGUGCCAUAAGCCGGAAGCUUCUUCUUCUAGAGUCUCCGCCUCUUGUGUAUCGGAUCUCCUCCUCCUCCUCCUCCUCCUCCUUCAGACGGAGCGGUCUUAGUACAUGUACAGUGAUGUAAAUACAUUUCUAUGGGGGUUGUACAUAAUAAAUAUCAGACUGCCAGACUCGAGCUGAGAUCAGCGGCAGCGACAGCGACAGUUACAAAAAAGAAACACUGCUUCGUGACAUUACUGAACCAGCCUGUGGAAGAUACUGUACGUCCAUGAUGAUGGUGAUAGUGGUGGUGGUGGUGCUGAUAGUGCUGGUGGUGCUUCAGAAGAUGGAGGGAUGGAGAAAACCUCCACAUGAACUCUCACACGCUCUCACGCGCUCUCACACGCUCUCACACCCUCGCGGACUUCGAGUCUCGGAUCUGAUCUGUACAUGCAGCAGUGUGACCUGCAGUGAGUCCUGCUGUCGCUUAGUGGUGAGGAAAUGUUGCUGUGUUCCAAUUGUGUACGUUCAGAGUGUGCGAUCUGUGUCAUAUCAAAAAAAGAAACAACAACAUGUACAUUUAUUUAUUUUAUUAUUUAAUGUAUUUUAUUUAAGUUACGUAAAGUUAUGAAUGUGCCAUGAUUGGUAGAUUGAAAGAAAUGUUGUAAAAAAAAAAACAAAAAAAAAAAAACUUGUCUUUAUUACUUUAACAUAAUGGUAUACAUUGCAUACAUUAUUACAUACAUUAUUGCCCUCAAUGAAUGCAUUUAAUCAGAUUCUCACAGAAAAUGCACCAGUAGAAAACUCCAAUAGAAAUACAAACAGAAUUCUCUGGCCAGUAGGGAUAGGCACACUUUAAUGCCUAAUAGGAUGAAUUAUUGACAAAAAAUACAUAAUAAAUAAAUAAAAUAACGCACCAAUUUGCUUUUUUUUUUUUUUGAAUUAAAUCAAAUUUAAACCGACAAAAAUAUAAAAAAAAAACACUUAACAAUGAUGAGUUUCUUCGAUUUUACCAAAUUGAAAGAUGGAUGAUCACAAGCCAUCAAGCCAAGCUGAACUGCUUGAAUUUUUGCACCAGGAAUAAAGGCAUAAAGUCAUCCAAAAGCAGUGUGUAAGACUGGAGGAGGAGAACAUGAUGCCAAGAUGCAUGAAAACUGUGAUUAAAAACCAGGGUUAUUCCAACAAAUAUUGAUUUCUGAACUUAAAACUUAAAACUUUAUGAAUAUGAACUUUUGCUUUUUCUUUGCAUUAUUUGAGGUCUGAAAGAUCUGCAUCUUUUUUUGUUGUUAUUUCAGACUUUUUUCUCAUUUUCUGCAAAUAAAUGCUCUAAAUGAUAAUACAGUAUUUAUAUUUGAAAUUUGAGAGAAAUGUUGUCUGUAGUUUAUAGAAUAAAACAACAAUGUUCAUUUUACUCAAAAAAUAUGCAUAUAAAUAGCAAAAUCAGAGAAACUGAUUUAGUAACUUAAGUGGUCUUUUAUUUUUUUUCCCAGAGCUGUAUAUGUAAGUGAUUACACUAUUUAAGGUAAAAUAUUCCCAAUUAUUAGUGAAAACUCUUUAAAAAAACACAACAAUAUACAAUAUGACAUAUUAUUGGGUCUUGGAGGUUUACAGUUUCAAGAACCUGCAUGACAUCCAGAAGCAAAACUGCCCACUUAUGUUGCAGUAGUGCCUGUAGAUCUUGCAUCACUCGUUGCAGGUUGCAUCACUACUUGGGGUGCCAGAUUGUUAUACACCUUAGCACUCCCCAGACCAUUUACAGCACUCGGAACAAUGUGUAGCAAUCUAAAUCCUCUCUCACCAAGAGGUACACUACCCAAAAUUAGCCUCAGAGAGCCUUUUAUAUAUAUAUAUAUAUAUAUAUAUAUAUAUAUAGGGCACUCUCUUGUGGUCACACAUAGAAAUGAGUAUAUACACCUGUAAUACACCUGUAAUCAUUUACAUACAGUAUCUGCCUGAGAAACAUCCUUACAGCAGUCUGCGGUGCGUUAUUUAUUUAUUUAUUUAUUUAUUUAUUUAUUUAUUUAUUUUAGUUAAAUUAAAUUUAUUUAUUCAUUUACAUUUUGUCAAUGAUAUGACAAAAUGACUAAUCUUACCACUACUGUAUGUUGAGUGGAGUUAAUUGAAAUCAAAACAUCGUAUAAAAUCAUGAUCAUGACAGCAGAAACAAUCAGAAAAAAAUGCUUACUGUUGCUAUGGCAACAGCGAUAAUGUCUCAAGAGUUGAGAAAAGAGCAGUAGGUUAAUACAAUAUUAUAUUAUACUGUUUUGUGUACUAAUUUAUUGUUAUUUUUUAUCAUUCUUCUUCAGAUCAGCACACAUCUCAUAUAUAUAUAUAUAUAUAUAUAUAUAUAUAUUUCAUAGUAAUAGUAGAAGUGUGUGUUAUAUACAGUUGGGACACAGCAUAUGUGGGUGUGUGAGUGUGUGUCAGUGUGAUCUGUAAAAGUGUGUGUUCAGAAGUAUAGAAGUAUAGACACCCACCACAGUUGUCACAGGUGCUACGGGACAGCAGGCCUGUUUAUGUGUGUGUGUGUGUGUGAGGAAGUGUGUGUGUUUGUAUGUGUGUGUAUGCGUGAACGAGUGUGUGUUAGGUUACACAACACCAGAAAACUAAUGUAUAGUAUCUGUGUGUGUGUGUGUGUGUGUGUGUGUGUUCAGCCACAAGCGAAGCUCCACACAUUGCCGCUUGUGUGGCGCUACCAGCACACAAUCACACGUAGCCGUUCUCUCCGCGCAUGCGCCUGCUAGCGUGCACGGCUAUCGACCCGCCGUUGGGUGUGUGUUUGGCACUGUGAACCCUUUCCUCCUUGGCGGACCUCACCCGGCGCAGUGGCUUAACUCGGUGUGCGGCAGGCUAAGCCUCUCUCUCGCUGAGCGGCGGACCUGCUGUUCCUUUAGAACGAGGCUGAGCCCGAAAGGCAUUUCUUUCGGAAUAGCGCUUUCGCCCGAGAUUGGCGCGCAACCCCCUGUUGCGCUAUCAGAAGAGUUUCCGAAAGGAGCGGCCGGACCUUCUGCGGAUCCACCCCUGUUGUGCGUAGCCUGAGGUGUCUCCACAAAGUCACGACCGCGGCUGAUUCCUGCAGAACCUUCUGGAACACUUCAGGAUCAAUUCAGUGGUCCUCUGUAGCUCAUCAACAGAUGCUAAAUUCAGCUAGAAGCUAGUUAGACGUUAGCUGUUAGUCGUUAGCUGUUGUUGGUCGUUAUUAGCUGUUUACUUGCUGGAGAAUUUAGCUGACUACUGAUGAUCUAUGAUCUAGCUGAACGAAUAUAUAAUAUAUUGGUGGCUAAGUCACUGCCCUACAAUCAACAACAACAACAACAACAAAACAAAACAAAAAAACAGUACUUGGUUAGUAGGACGUUUUUUUGAACAUUACAAUUCUUGAUAACAUUCUCGAUACAUGUCAAUAAGUAUUCUCGAUAGUCUCAGAAAGUUUUAAUGUAACCUUUUUUUUCUAAAUAUUCAGAUAAUGUCAAUGCAAUAAUGUCAAUGUCUACGGAUCCCCUGAAGGGACAUGGUGUAUUUUUUAUUUCAGUGUGGAAUGUUUCAGCUAAGUAGCUAAAGGCUAAAGGUAGCUUUGUAGCUUUAAGCCCAGAGCUAGCGAUAGCCAGCUAACGCUUAUUAGACGUGCACAGGGCAGGAGGUAUCAUCUAGUAGAAAAAUAAUAUAAUAUAUAAUAUAAAAUAUAUAAUAUCUAAAUAAUAUAUUGAUAACUGGACGGAGGAUUGCAUCGUAUGUGCACAGCACAACGUAGCUGUCUGUGAAGUCAGGUACAGACAAGUGAAUAUACUAAGGGGAGAGCACCACAUAUUGAGUCAUGCUCACCACUUAGUAUGUGGUGCUCACCCCUUAGUAUUUGGUGCUUACCACUUCUUUUUUUUUUCACACUGGUCCACCAGCAGGGUCAAGCUUGGUAAUACUAGUUAUCUUCAGGUUUAUCAAGUUUGAAGGCCAACUAAACCAUUAACCUCUUGAGACCCUGCGUCCUCAUAUGGGGACGUUACAUUUCUUUAUCACUUUCUUUUUCAAAAACAAAGUAUAGUUUUUUAUGUUCAAAAGGUCCUUCUAAUCUACUAAUCCCCCCAAAAAAAACACAAUUAAUGACAUUAUGACACCAAAUUCUUCAUUCUCCUUAAUUCUAAACACCUUUGUGAAGAAACUAUGGUUUUUAAAUUAGUCAAAACUUUUUUUUCCCUUCUAGGUACAAUGAACAAUUAAGAAGCUACACUCAUUUUAUUAAAAAAUAAAAAAUAAAGACAGGUUGGGCAUUAACAGCAAUUCAGGUCAAUCUUUGUCUUGGGGUUUCCAAUCACCUCCAUUUUACUGUGUAAUAAAUGAUACAGGAUGAGAAACUAGAGAAGAGACUGAAGGUGUUCCUCAGGGCUCAGUAUUAGGUCCCAUUGUGUUUUAUAUAAUUGCUGUUACACACAAACAAUAACAACAACAAUAACAAAACGUUACCUCCUUUUUUUUUUGCACUCCAGGUUUACAUUGUGUCAAAACUUUCAGAUUUUAUGAUAAAUGGACCAAUACAAAUUCUCAUUUUUUUUAAACAUUGGCUUGCAUGGACCUCCAUUGAAGCGUAAUGUUUUUUGUUCCAUAUUUAAGGGAAUUUGAAGCACCAGAAAUAGAAAAAAAGUAGUUCCUCUAUUUAAAUCCAUUGCUAUUCAGUUGACCAUCUAAUGAGCAUCUACAGGGGACCACUGAAAUGCUGAAAGUGUCUUCUUCUACUUCUUCUUCUUCUUCUUCUUCUUCUUCUUCUCCUCCUCACUGUCCUACUUAACGUGGUCAUCGCGGCCACGCCCCCCUCUGGUUCCGAAAGCCGUACAGGAGCGAGGGACCCUCUCUUUCGAUGCCUUAAAAGCGGUUGUAUUUAACAAUCAUUAGCGAAGAAUUAUGGAUAGAUCGAUAAUCCCGUCUUGCCUCGCGACGAGCAUGUUAGACAUUGCAUGUCCUUCACCCGACGUCGGUUAGGAGAUCAGAAAAUCUCUCAUUUAUUUACGAUCCUUCUGCGUUCGUCCGUCGACGGCCAUUGUGUCCACUGACUUGGCGUAAAGCUCGGCUCUGGUAGUUGGUAGUUAGCCUGGCGAUAGCUUGGCCUGGCCGUGUUUGCUGAGGUGUUUCUCAUUUUUCUUCUUCUUUUUUUUUUUUUUUUUUUCCUCGGUGUGGCCUCCAGGUGUGUCACAGCUAUGACACGACUCUGUUCACGGAGCUAAUGUGUGGCUGUUUGGCUCUGAGCGGAACUGAGCAGAUCUAAUAGCACGAGUAAUCAGCACGGGCACCUCUAUUGGCCAGCGGCGCCCUGGCGUCGCACAUUACGGCCGGGCUAUCUCCAUCACUCUGCUGCUCACACUGUAUGUAUCUAUAUACAGCACCUAGCCUCUUAGCCACUGCCUGACCUGAGGCAUGUGCGCGGCGUGUACGUGAGCGGCAUGAGCGGCGUGAGCUGCGUGAGUGUGGAUGGGUGUUGGGUGGGUGUUGGAGUAGCCGCAGUGGCCAUUUUCACUAAUUAGAGCGAGUAAUGAAACAUGAUGCCCGCAGAAAGCGAGCUGAUUAGUCGCUGGGAGGUGAUGCUUUUUUUUUUAUUUAUUUAUUUUUUUAAUUAAUUAAUUUAUUUAUUUUUAAAAUUGACUUCUUUGGUGGCAGCAGAGCAGCACUGGCAUUGAGGCUCUAGAGGCAGCAGCAGUGGUAUCGGCUUCUUCUUCUUCUUGUUUUUUAUCUCUUUAUCUUCUUCUUCGCUGCCUUUUUUUCCCCUUUUUUCCCUUUUCCUUCUUUUUUUUUUUUUUCUCUUACCUCGCAGGCGCCCCCUUCAGCGCCCGGCGGAGAACAAUAAUAAUUAAAGCAGAAACAUAUGGAAACGGCUGGACACGAUUGUGAUUAAAUAAGGCGAAUGAUUAGCCCGCCUUGAGGAGUAAAAAAAAAAAAAAAAGCACAUUAUGCUGUUUUCAGAGCCAUUUAGCGACUGUGAUAGGGGGGGAAUGGGAUUAAAAAAUAUAUAUAUAAAAAAAAAAGGAAUAAAAAAUUCCAGGGAGACUCGUGAUCCGGGGUAAUUAGCGCUCCUCGCUUCUCGCCCUCCCUUAAACUCUUCGCUCGUCUCUGGCCGCGGCUAAGCGCCAGUUCGCUGACCCGGACUUAACUCAGUUAAGGACAGAGGCGGAGAGAUGAGAUGACCGCCGCGCCCGCCGUGCCGUGCUGUGCCAUGCCGUUCACUCUUCGCUCGCUUUGCUAGGUUUAACCUGUUCCAACUUCUCCUACCGAAGCAGGGUUUGACCCCACUACACUGUAAUCCCAGCCUGUGUCAAAAAGAAAAGAAAAAAAAAAAAGGAAAAACGAAAAAAAAAAGAAGCGCUUCAGAGCCGAAUGGAAGGAUUUGAGUCGCCUCUUUUAUUCUUUUCUUUUCUUUUUUUUUUUUUUUAGUCUUUAAACAACAUGGCUGGUUAAGAGUUUUUUGACUCUUGUUUCUCGACUCUGGGAACCGGGGAUCCGGGGACGAGUCGCUCGACGCCGUUUCUGAAUCGCUAGCUUUGAUUCUCAAAGGGCAGAAUGUGAAAAAUAAAAAAUAGAAAGAAAGAACGAAAGAAAGAGACUUUUCAAUUUUCCACUCGUUGUCGUUUUUUAAAAACUGGUGUUUAGCUGUGUGCUCUCUUGCUGUUUUUGGUGUCUCUAGCUGAGGACUGACUGAUGGGUGUGAUAAAGAAGACCACGGUGAGAGAGGAACAUCUUCUUUUUUGACUCCAGGCCGUUUUUUCCCGUAUCAAAGAGUUCAAAAGUGGUCUGUCGCGUAUUUUUUGAUUUCUUGGUCUUUUUUCGUGGCUAGCAUCUCUAGAAGGUGUGUCUUUUUUGUACAUAGACCUCUCUCUCUCUCUCCACCCGACACAACCCAACUUCACUCAAAUCCUAACCCCUCCCCCUCCCUCCCUUCCUUCACAUCCUCAUCCAAUCCAAUCCCACCCCACCCAACCCCGCCCAACCCAACCCAAUCCCACAUAUGUGUGCUGUCAGGCAGGUGACAACAACAAUGACGAGUUUAGCAUGAAUUCCAAAGAUAAUUGGUAGAAAUUGUUUACUGUUCUUGCCGAUGAUGAUAAUGAUGAUGAUGAUGAUGAUAUUGGUGGUAGUGGUCCAGAAUCUUAAAUCUUUUCUAGUUUUCUCUUUUCUAUUUUGUUUCUUUUCUUUUUUGUUUCUUACUUCCCUCGGAAAAAAAAAAAACAAAAAAAAAAACUAUUAAAAAAAAUGUGAAAAAAAAAGAAAUACUUCACAGAAAUACAGGAAAAAGUCCGUCACUGCACAGCCCCAUCAUCACUAUUCACCUAAAACCUAAAGACGGCUGCCUUGAAAGUAUGUCUUUUUGCAGGAGAGUUGAAAAUAAAGUAAAUUAAAAAAAAAAAAAAAAA